ACGAUACGAGCUGCUUUGAGCUGAGCGGAAUAAGCAAGAAUUUUGGGAUAAUAUCUGCAUUUGGGAGAAACUAAGCUCACUUUUUUAAUUAGAGGAUAAAAGUUUUGUGCGGUCCUUGGUUUUUGAGUGUGGUUUGUCUUCUCUCUAGAGCUCACAUCCAAAAAUGAAGGAUCUAAUUGUUCUCUGUCUGCUGGCGCUCGUCGCUGGAGCUUCUGCACAAUGUACAUGCCCUACCAUGAAAUGGGGUGCCUGUGAUGGAACUCCAUGCACGUGCACAGUUCUUGUUGGAAAUGCUGUGAAGCAGAAAAUAGACUGUAACAAAUUGGUUCCCAAAUGCUUCCUCAUGCAGGCAGAAAUGUACCGUGCAAAAAAUAACAUGUCCACUAGAUCUAUUGGUGGGAAGCCAGUUGAGACUGCGCUUCUGGAUAAUGAUGGGAUCUAUGACCCAGAGUGUGAGAGUGAUGGCAGUUUUAAGGCUGUCCAGUGCAACGGCACUGAAACCUGCUGGUGCGUCAACAGUGCUGGUGUCCGGCGAUCUGAUAAAGGAGACAAAAAUAUUAAGUGUGAACCAGUGGAGACCUACUGGGUCCGCCUUGAGUUGAAACAUAAUGCUUCCAGUGGCUCUCUUGAUGAAACAGUACUUAAGAAUGCAAUUCAAACAACUUUAAAUAGCCGUUAUAAACUAGAUUCAAGCCUGAUCAACAAUUUUCAGUACGAUUCUAAUGGCCGUCUGAUUAUUGUCGAUAUCCAGAAGAAAAAAGGAGAACGUGGUACAGACUUGCCCACUAUGGCUUACUAUUGUGAGAAAGAUGUAAAAGCACUGCCCCUGUUCUUGGACAAGACUCCACUUUUGUUCAAUGUUAAUGGUAAGGAUGUGGCAAUGGAAAGCAUUCUGGUGUACUUUGUGGAUGAGAAAGCUCCCACUAUCACAAUGAAGCCGAUAACAGGAGGUGUGAUUGCUGUGAUUGUGGUUGUCAUCUUGGUUGUGCUUAUUGGCCUUCUUGUUCUGUUUUUCCUCAGGAGACGGGAGAAGGCCAGGUACAGCAAGGCGCAGCCCAGGGAGAUGGAGGCCAUGUCAUAAAAUCGGCAACAGCUCUGCAGUUUAGUAUAUAGAUGCUGGAGUCCUCUGCACUCGUAUGCCUGCUGUAUAUUAAUUUUUGCUGGGGUGUUUAAUUUUCUCCCUUUAACUUUUUUUUUUUUUUUUUUUUUUUAAAUGUGUACGUGUGCCUGUUACAUGCUGUUAUGGUCAAAGCUAUGUUUAAAUGUACUGUUUCUGACUAUAGUUUUUAAAGUUCUCAUUGAGCUAAUAUCUGAUUUAAUGUGUACAGUUUGUCAAGUCAGUUUUUAAUUAAAAUGUUUUGUCUUA